AUGGAGGACCUGGUUAUAAAGGCAAUAACUAAGGAGAGUUCAAGUUUUGAGCCAGAUAUUAACUCCAUUGCUGAUGGUACUUGUGUCCUCAAAUGCAUACUCAACAGAGAUGCUGAAUAUUGCAGAAUUGGGAAGGAAUCCAUCUUGAUUACUCUGGGAUGUGAUAGUGCCUUGGUGAAGUUUGAGUCUCAUGCAGAAUUCAGUAUAUUUUCAAAUAUCUUGAAAAGCUGCUGGAAGGAGAAAAAAGAAUACUCAGUCUUCAACCAACGGACUGAAGAGGCAUCAGCUGCACAAUACUUUCAGUUCUAUGGUUACAUUUCUCAGCAACAGAAUAUGAUGCAAGAUUUUGUGAGGACAGCAACUUACCACAGUGCCAUCCUCCAGAACCACACCGACUUUAGGGAUAAGGUAGUUCUAGAUGUUGGUUGUGGAUCAGGAAUACUGUCCUUCUUUGCUGUCCAGGCUGGAGCUAAGAGAGUAUAUGCAGUUGAAGCCAGUUCAGUAGCACAGUAUGCUGAGGUAAUAGUUAAUAAUAAUCAUCUUUUGUGCAAAAUUAUUGUUUUGCCUGGGAAAAUUGAGGAAAUUUCACUUCCUGAGGCCGUAGAUGUGAUCAUUUCUGAAACCAUGGGAUACAUGCUAUUCAAUGAAAGGAUGCUGGAAAGUUAUCUUCAGACUCAAAGAAAAUGGUUGAAAGCAAAUGGAAAGAUGUUCCCGACAUUCAGUGAUAUCCACUUGGCCCCCUUUUCUGAUGAACAACUCUACAUGGAACACUACUCCAGAGCUAACUUUUGGUAUCAGCAGUGCUUCUAUGGGGUCAAUCUUUCUAGUCUCCAGGGUGCUGCUUUAGAUGAGUACUUCAGGCAGCCAAUAGUGGACACAUUUGACAUUAGGAUUUUGAUGGCUCGGACAGUCAAAUAUACAGUAAAUUUUAUGGAUGCAGAAGAGGCAGAUCUUCACAGAGUAGAAAUCCCCUUUGUAUUUCAAAUGGCACAAUCCGGCCUCAUCCAUGGCCUGGCAUUCUGGUUUGAUGUGGCAUUUGCUGGGUCUCUGGUAACUGUUUGGCUCUCAACAGCCCCAACAGAGCCUCUAACUCAUUGGUAUCAGGUGCGGUGCCUUCUGAAGACCCCUCUCUUUGCCAAAGAAGGGGAGACACUGUCAGGGAAAGUGCUAUUUAUAGCCAAUAAACAACAGAGCUAUGACAUUCAGAUUGUGGCACUGGUAAAUCAGACGGGCUUCAGAUCUGGAAACAUCAUUGACUUAAAGAAUCCUUUCUUUAGAAUUCUAUAUAAACAAUCUGAUAUUGAAACAAAGAACGCAGGAAAGUCCAACAAAGUGAAUUCUAUUCCAAAAAAGUAUAACAAGCUGUGUGACCUCAGGCAAAGUGACUUUGCUACUGGCAUUUACUUUUCUCAUCUGCAAAAUGUAGAGUUUAAAGAUGAUCUCUGUCGACCUUCAUUCACUAAGGGAUGA